AAAGGUAAUAGAUUCUCCUAAUUUAAUGUUCAAUGCUCAUUAUCUCUAAAAGUUAUAUAAGAAACAUAAUUUCUAAGGCAGGUAUAUGACAGCGUUUACUGAGAAAAGUCCUGGGAAACUGUUAAAUACUGGUCUCAUGCCACUGCUGGACAUCCAAAGCACUAACAGCACUCUUCUCCCUGCUGCCUGCCAUGUCUGCACUGUCUCAGACCAUCGCGUUGGGGAGUACAAAGUGUCUCUAAAGAGUAUUUGGGUCGAGACAUCACUAGAGACACCCUUCCGAAUGUGGACACAUUUUUGCUUCACCUUCCAGCAUCGAUCUGGUGACUGGGUCAUCUUUGUAAAUGGAGAGUCACGUUCUGAGGGCAACAUAGGGCGUCUAUCAGGCAACAUCGACCCUGAAGGUGCCUACGUCAUUGGGCAGGAGCAGGAUCAGUUUGGGGGUGGAUUUCAAAGAGACCAGAGCUUCAGUGGAGAGAUCACCCAGCUCAACUUCUGGUCUUCAGUGCUUAGCCCAUUAACAAUCAGCAAGAUAGCACAGUGUGAAGAAGAACAAGAAGGAAAUAUCCUCAGUUGGUCCUCACAGCGCUGGAACAUAUCUGGGGAGGUGGCAUGGAAGGUGUGGCAGAAGGAAGACAUAUGCAGCCGCCAGCGUCGUAGAGUCACAUUCUUCCCUGACAGAUUUUCCCUCAAAGCCUCUCUCCAUUUGUGUAAGGUAGUGGGAGGCAGAGUGAUGGUGCCACUGGAUAACCAAGAAAACAUGAGACUUUACGAAAGGUCUCAAGGAAGAGCCAUUUACUGUUCCAAGGGGCAGGGGUCCUCAUACCUGUGGAUGGGUGCCACAGACUCUCAGCAGGAGAGGCUCUGGGAAUACUGGGAGACAAGUGAACCUGUCUCAUGGGAGGGGCCAUGGCGAGGCUCAGGACCUAAUGGUGGCACAGCAGAGAACUGCUUGGUUAUGCUAAGUGGCACUUUCCCCUCACAGUGGUCUGAUAUUGCUUGUCUUGACUCCUAUGAGUUUUGUGUCCCUUGUGAGUUCCCACAGCUGUCUACCCUCUAUUUAAAGGGACCAGCUGUCUGCCCCAACUCCCCCUUCAAUCAGGAGUAUGUGCUGGGGAAUGAAGAGGGAGGCCGUCCUGCACUUCAUGGCUUCUUCCACUCCGACAUAUAUUGGGACACAGCCAACAAGUCUUGGGCCAUACGCUCCCGCAAGGUGGAAGGAGCAACUGCACUAUGGCAGCCCCUGCGGGAGGGCAAUUAUCCUUUUGGGACCAAGACAUGGAAGCUGGCUGGAGAAGUGUGCAACAUGCUGCCCGGCACAUUGGUCAACCUUACGCUUUCUAUCUGUCGCAGUGACCAAUUCACUUGUUCUGAUGGCACCUGUAUUCCUCUUGGGAACCGGUGUGAUCUGCGCAUCGACUGUGGAGACCAGAGUGAUGAAGCGCAGUGCUCUGUCGUUCAGCUGCCAAAAGGUUAUCGCAACACCAUUCCUCCCCCACCCACCAAAGAAGGCAGCCCACUUCAGAUCCUGUUCUAUAUUAACAUCAUCGCUUUCCCAUCCAUUGUGACACAAGACUUAACAUAUGUCUCAACAAUGUCCCUCAGUCUGCGAUGGAAAGAUGUCCGUCUCAGUUAUCUCAACCUGAAAGAUGACCGCACCCUCAACCUACUCUUUGGAGAGGCCGUAGAGAGCAUCUGGACGCCAAGGGUGUUCUUCAGUAAUGCUCAGGGUAAUAUCUUCACCAAUCUUGACCAGGGGGCACGAGUGGAAGUAGUGCGUCAAGGCAGCUCUCAGCCAGCUCCUCCUCACCUCACCCAUGAAAUGAAUAUCUUCUCUGGCCUUGAAAACAGUUUGGAAACAAGUCAGCUCUACACCCUCACCUACACCUGUGACUUUAACCUCAUCAUGUUCCCCUUCGAUGCUCAGGUGUGUUUCCUACGCUUCACACUGGUGUCAGCAGCAGCAACCUACAUGCAGCUGGUGCCUGCUGCUGCCAAUUACUCAGGGCCACCAGCACUUAUUGAGUACACCAUUGGUCGACUGGACAUGGAAAGAGUCUCUGAUGGGGAGUUUUCAACAGUGCAAGUGAACGUGAGAUUUAUUAGGCGAUAUGGCUUCUACCUCCUCACCCUCUACAUCCCCACCACCCUCCUAAUGGUCAUUGCCUAUGCAACUUUCUUCUUCAAGAUCGAUGAUUUCAACUCCCGCAUUGUGGUGGCACUGACAGCCCUGCUUGUCCUUGCCUCACUCUUCACCCAGGUAAUCAGCAAGGAUGCAGAGGCACAAGAGAUCCCCACCUUUGCUCCAACCACUCCAGAGAAGAAAAAUAACAUGACCAUAAUGAUAUUUAGCCGCAUCCUCGUUCCUAUAAUUUUCCUCAUCUUUAAUCUCGCCUACUGGGGUUCAGCCCUCACGCACCUGGCCAAGCUAGAUACAUGAGCAUAAGCACCAAGAGGAAAAAGUAAUAGUGAACAGAACAUAAAAACAUAAGAACAUAAGAAAUAAGGGAAGCUGCAAGAAGUGACCAGGCUUACACAUGGCAGUCCCUGUGUGAAACAUACCUAUUUCCAUCUAUUAUCCCCAUCCAUAAACCUGUCUAAUCUUCUCUUAAAGCUCUCUAAUGUUCUAGCACUAACAACAUGAUUACUGAGUCCAUUCCACUCAUCUACCACUCUAUUUGAGAACCAAUUUUUUUCUUAUCUCCUUCCUAAACCUAAAUUUUUCAAGCUUGAACCUGUUAUUUCUUGUUCUAUCCUGAUUGCUGAUCCUAAGAAUUUUGCUUACAUCCCCCUUGUUAUAACCCUUAUACCACUUAAAGACUUCUAUCAGGUCCCCUCUUAACCUACAUCUCUCUAAAGAACGUAAAUUUAAAAACUUCAAUCUCGCCUCGUAAGGAAUACUCCUCAUCCCCUGUAUCCUUUUAGUCAUUCUCCUCUGUACUGAUUCUAAUAGACCUAUAUCUUUCCUGUAAUGUGGGGACCAGAACUGCACAGCAUAGUCUGGAUGAGGUCUGACUAGCGCCAAGUAUAACUUCAAUAUUACUUCCGGCCCUCUACUUUUAACACUCCUAAAAAUGAAUCCUAGUACCCUAUUUGCCCUGUUUGUGGCCUCUAUGCAUUGUUUUCCUAGACGGAGUUCAGAGCUAAUUAAAACUCCUAAAUCUUUCUUGUACCCUGUACCUACCAGAGUUUGGUUGUUUAAUGUGUACCUACUGUGUGAGUUUCCUCUACCUACGCUAAGUACUUUGCAUUUAUUGAUAUUAAAUUGCAUUUGCCAU